CUCUUCUUUUCUUCCCCCUGCACCGAGCAAGGAAGCCAGCCACCGACGCGCCUCUUCCUCUUGAAAAACCGAAAAUUCCAGAUCUGCUCUGCUCUGCUACUUCCGGCUGCUGCUCUGCUGUAUGGGGGUGCGAAUUGCUCGGAGAAAAAUCCCGUGAAUUAGCCAUUGUUUUGCCAAUUUUUGGAAGUGUAGUUACUCUUUAUGGCACUGUUCACGCACAGAUGGCCAACAAUUAACAGGGAUUUAAAUGUUUAGUUUGUAAUAUAAGAAUAAAUGUGGAGAUGUCCGGUCAUAUGGAGACUAAUUGAAAUAGUAUCGUGAUUAGGCAUGAUCCUAAUGAAGUUUUCACUUUGAAUUUGUGGUAGUGCAGUAUUAAUUUUGGAAUAUUUUGAUUAUGUUCCUGAUUGUUCUGUCAGUUUAGCACUGAGAUCAAGUCUUCGGUUUUAUGCGAUUUAAGGUAAGUAAAUUUAUGGUAAUGCCCACACAGUUUUUAAAAGCAUGUUUUGAUUUGUUUUUGAAGUGGUGGCGAGACUAAACCCGUUUUACAUAAGUAUGAUCGUUUGAAAUGGAAUUUUUAUGUUUUUCAUUAAAUUGAGCAUGCUUACUUGAAAUUUAAUUUAUUGUCCUAAUGAUUUGAAAGUGAUUGAUGAAUUAUGAUUUUUCUGUUAACUUCUGCCUGUUUUGUCUCCGAUGUGGUCAUGUUAUUAGUGACCCUGCUAGUGGGGGUUAAAUGUUAGCACAUGUCGACAUGUUAUUGAUAGAGCCGAUUCGUACGAGUGACCCUGCUAGUGGGGAUUAUACACCAGUAAAUAGUGUAGCCUGCCAGUGGGAGGUUUAUAACACUGGUCAUGACCUAUAGAGGAGACGUCUAUUUCAUUCCCGUACUGUAUCCGUUUUUCAUGAUUAUACUUGUUGGCAUGCUAUAAAUUUAAUAAAGGGCACUCUAUAUUUUACUUAUUGAGUUUAUCUCAUAGUUUUUCCUUGUUCACCAUUUCAGGAAGUGAAAUCGAGGACGGAGAAACCACGGGAAGUGACGAGUUAGAAGGCUAGCCAUUUCAAGAUUGAUAUAGAUUUUAGAAAUAAAUCAUGCUGUUGUAAGAUAGAUUUUACCUUGAAUUUAUGAGAUCAAAACAGAUUUCGAUCAUUAGAUCAAUUACUUGGAUUUAAGUCAUUUUGGAUAUAGAAAUCAAAUUGAAUUAUUUGA